CAACACGGAGGGGCGCAAAGUCAUCGGGUGGACCCGUGAAACCAUCGAACCAACUAAACAAGCACAGCUGACACCCACCCCUCCGCCACCGCAGUCGCCGGUGACCAGGACGCGCGCCCGAAUUCGCCGGCGGCGAGGAGAAGGGCGCCGAGUAUGGGGUGCUCCCUCUCGGGGCUCAACGCCCUCUACGAAGCAGCGACUGGCGGCGGCGACGUGUGGAUCAACGAGCGCCGCUUCCGCGUCCUCCGCCAGAUCGGCGAGGGCGGCUUCGCCUUCGUCUACCUCGUCAAGGAGCACGACGCCUCCUCCUACGCCGCGCGCGACAGGCACCCCUCCCACGUCUCAGACGACGGGACAUAUGCUAUGAAGAAGGUGCUGAUACAGAGCAGGGAGCAACUGGAUCUGGUGAAGGAGGAGAUCCGCGUUUCGUCCUUGUUCAACCACCCCAAUCUGCUACCGCUUCUUGACCAUGCCAUAAUAGCAGUUAAGGUAAUACCAAUAUCAGUUUUGCUAAAGCACAUCUAGAUGUGCCAUAAGUAU